ACUGCUACUUAUUGUUCUUUCAGACCAACAACACUGAACUCGUUCGUUUAUGUUCGUUUCUUGUCAGGACGAGAUCGAAGAAACCUAGAGACAACAGGCUUCGCCUGCGACAAAGAUGAGAACUCUCUUGUCUGUAUAUCGAAUCAACCCGUAAUAAUCGACACCCGCAACAACAUUACAGUUCACCUUUCUUCAGCUAGUUCUGAGCAAAAAGAAACCAAUAUUAAGCCGUACGCUCUGCAAAAAGACAAGUACCUUCUCCAAUACAUCUCACCGGUCAAAAUCUUGCAUGGAAAAAAACCCGUUUGCCAAUACAAUGACGACGUUCCAGCUGUAAUCUUCUCAUCCGGCAUAUCGAGGAACUUAUUCCAUGAAUUCAACGACAUCAUAAUCCCACUUUAUAUCACAGUUAACCACUUCCAAUCACGCGUGCUUCUAAUCCUAGAGGAUUACAAUCCCUCUUUCGUGACCAAAUACAGCAAGAUUCUAUCCCGACUCUCCAGCUAUCCUGUAAUGGACCCCGCAUCGAACCGAAGCCUGCAUUGCUUCCCAGGAGUGAUUGUCGGCCUCAAGUACCACGACAAUCUAGCUUUGAAUGGAGAAUACUCGAUGCCCAUCUUCCGGAAGUUUCUAGAAGAAACGUACGAUCUCAAGUUCAAGCACGUUUCCCAGAUCAAGAAACCCACAAUAGUCCUCAUGUCUCGCGAGAAAACGAGGAUAUUCCUCAACGAAGUCAACAUGGUCAACAUGAUGAAACGGCUCGGAUUCAGAGUUGUGAUCGCCCGAGAGGAUGAGGCGGCUGACCUGGACAAAUUCGCCGCCACUGUCAACUCGUGUGGGGUUUUGGUGGGGGCCCACGGGGCGGGGCUCACGAACGAGCUGUUCCUGCCAGCUGGCGCGGUCGUGGUCCAGGUGGAGCCGCUGGGCCUCGAAUGGGCUUCUUCCCGUUAUUACGGCGACCCGGCCCGUGCGAUGGGCUUGCGUUACCUACGGUACGAGAUUGAACCGGAGGAGAGCUCGCUGGUGGAAAUGUACGGAAGGCAUCACUCUGUUGUAACAGAUCCGGAGUCGGUUUACGCAAAGGGGUACCGAGAAGUUCGUGCUGUGUAUCUUCAACAGCAAAAUGUGAGGGUUAAUAUAGUCAGGUUUAGGAAGACAAUAUUCGAAGCACUUCUAUUGGUUAAGACUUAAAACAAAGCGUUUAGCUUU